GGAUUGGGAAGGAGGCUCAGGUCUCAUUCUGAGCGGCUCUGCAGAGCAGCACAUCGGCGGGGACCAUGGCUGGCUCUCCAGACCAGGAGGGCUUCUUCAACCUGCUGAGCCACGUGCAGGGCGACCGGAUGGAGGAGCAGCGGUGCUCGCUGCAGGCAGGGCCUGGCCCGACUUCUGAGAGCCAGAGUGGCCCUGCACCCGAGAUGGACAGUCUCAUGGACAUGCUGGCCAGUACCCAGGGCCGCCGUAUGGAUGACCAGCGUGUGACAGUCAGCAGCCUGCCUGGCUUCCAGCCCAUAGGCCCCAAGGACGGAGUGCAGAAACGAGCUGGGACGCUCAGCCCCCAACCCCUCCUCACCCCUCAAGACCCGACUGCUCUCAGCUUUCGUCGGAACAGCAGCCCCCAACCCCAGACACAAGCCCCAUGAAGGCCUGAGCCAUCCUGGGCCCUGCUUGGCCCCUGAAAACAGACAAUAAAACACUUCCACAAGAAACAA